AAGCCAUCUUGGUAAAAAAAAAAAGAGCCUGGAGGCGGAGACGUAGGCCGAGCCGACCAAACGCCGAUUUUCUAUUGGAGAAUUUUGCGCGAGGGGUGGGGGCCUACACUUGAAUGUUGCGUGCUCUGGUUGGCAACAGUUUUGGAAAGGGGCGGUGCGGCUUUUCCGGAUUGGUUGGAGCGCAGAGCGAUUUGGGGUGUUGGGGAAUUCCCCGCGUCCCCGGAAUCCCCGGGCCGGCGACGGCUGCGACUCUGGAUGGGCCGGCGGGGCCCUGGAGCGGAGGGCUCUGCAUAGGCCAUGGCGGCCCCAGUGGGGCCCGUGAAGUCCGUCGACGGCGAGUUCGUGGAUGAAUGGUGCGACAGCGGCCUCGGGUCUCUGGGGCCCGAUGGGCUCGGGGCCUCAGGGGAGGGCGCCAAAGCCGGGGCGGACGAGAACGAAGAGGAGGAACCGGCGAGCUGGGCGCCGGAGGUGUUCGGCUAUGUGACGGAGGACGGGGACACGGCCUUGCACUUGGCAGUGAUUCACCAGCAUGAGGCCUUCCUCGACUUCCUGCUGCAUUUCACAGCAGGGACGGAAUACCUGGACCUUCAGAAUGACCUGGGCCAGACAGCUCUGCACAUAGCGGCCAUCCUUGGCCAGGCUACCAUAACUCAGAAACUGCGGGCUGCUGGCGCUGGACUCUGUGUGGCAGAGCAAGGGGGACACACACCCCUGCACCUGGCCUGCCGGGCUGGGGCUCAUGCCUGUGCCCGGGCCCUUUUGGGGCCCCCUGAGGGCCAGACCACAGAUGGGGAAGAUGAAGAAGAGGAGGAUGAGCAUGAGAGAUUGGAACAGCUGGAGUGCACCAACUACCAGGGCCACACGCCACUCCACCUGGCUGUGAUCUACAAGGACAUGGAGAUGGUUCAGCUUCUCCGGGAAGCAGGGGCUGAUCUCAACAAACCAGAACCCACAUGUGGACGGAGUCCCCUCCACCUGGCUGUGGAGGCAGAGGCAGCAGAGGUCCUAGAGCUGCUCUUGAAUGGGGGCGCAGACCCCAAGGCCCGAAUGUAUGGAGGCCGGACCCCACUGGGGAGUGCCACACUUCGACCAGACCCACUUCUCGCCUGUCUCCUUCGGGCUCACGGGGCCCCAGAGCCCGAGUCUGAGGAGGAGGAUGACUCCAGCCCCCAAGGUAGCGACAGUGAUGAAGGGGACGAGUAUGAUGACAUCGUGAUCCAUGGGAGCCGGAGCCGGAGCUGAGACUGAUGCCACCUUCCUCCUACCUCUUCCCAACUGCCAGGUCCCUGGCCAAGCUCAUUUUCCUUCCUUCUUUGUAGAAAAGCCUUAAGUUCAAUAAAAUCCUGGUUCCUCCAACUGGAGUGGCCAGGCAUCUGGGUUGGGCUCCAGAAACAGACCAGCCAGGAGGAAGGCUGUGCUUUUUAUCUGUGCUUUAUUCACUUUGGGGGAGGGGGUAACAGGAUGGGGGGCAAAGUCCCUGGCCCCCUUCCUCCCACAAGUCCAUUUUUAUGGUGACCCUCUCUCCACCUCCUGGGUGUGAGCAAAAAGGGCAGGAACCGGUCCAUGGCCAGAUUGGGGGGGGGGGCACUAGAGUCAGUUGCUCCUCAGCCCCUCCUGCCCAGUGCCUCGGCUGCCCUCUUCAGCUCCUCCCCCAUCUGCUCCAGGCGCUCCAGCUCAUGUUGUUCCUAGAGAGAGAAGGCAGGGGGUGGGAGGUGGUCCCUGGUGCUCUGAAGGAGGCCCCCCGUCCCUGCAUUGCCCUCUCCCCUCCCUCCCUAGAUGAAGCCAUUGUGGCUUCGAGCCGAUGGAAGCUGGGACCCUCCAGGCCAGGGGCCAGCGGUAGCAGCCCCGGCAGAUGCUCUGAGGCCCAGGAUGGGGCAGGACUUAUGGCAUCCUUAAUGUGGGGCAUCUCUAGGUGAGGGAAUGCUCUCUGCCAGGCACGGGGGAGCCUCUCCUUCACCCAAGAGCUCAGAGGUGAAGGGACUGCUGGGGCCUUCCCUGUUAGUUAUCUCCUAUUUAUUUGGUCUGUCUGGAGCCCACCCUCUCUGCAUGUGUGUGGGUGUUAGACUGUGAGCUCCUUGGGGGCAGGAACUGUCUUUGCCUCUGUUUGUACACCUGCUCUCGCACAAUGUCUGGCACACAGCAGGCACUUAAUAAAUGUUUACUGGUUGAUCAAGA